AGAAAAACUUCACGGAAGAUUAUAAAAUAAUCCUGCUUUUGCUUUUGUCGUUCGGAAAACAAUUAACAAAAAAUUAAAAAGGGCGAGCUAUCUUCCUUCCCGCUGACCGACAGCAAGCCAAUUUCCCGCCGACUUCUAGGCACAGGAGACCCUUGCUCUGCCUCCCGAAGCCGUCUCCAUGGGAGAUGGCCAGCCAAUCAUGUAGCUAGUGGGCGGAGACAAGCCUAGGUGUUCUGCCUCCUUGUAGGCGACCAAUCGCAUGUCUUCCUUUUGCUUCAACCUCUCGCGACACCUGACUUAGCCGCCGUUCGAAUCUCGAACUGCAACUCCCAAGACUCUUUCCGCCACCCGCGGCUCAGCCAAUGGCCGCGCACAACGAGGCGAAAGUCUCACCACGGUGGGCGGGACGCGCCGAGACCCAAUCGAUCUGAAGGGGGAGGGGUGGUUUGCUGCAGCAGCGGAAGCAACACUUCGACUGAGCCCCCUCGGUGUCGGUGCACGUCGUAGUGCUUCGGGGAGUUUUUCCGGAGGGAUUCCGCCGCCCUCCUCACCAGGCGGAAAUGAGUUCCCAGCAGUUUCCUCGGACUGGAGUCCCUCCCCCAACUCUAGGUCCAGCUCCUCCAAUUUCUACCAGUGGACCUGCUGGACUGAUAAAUCCAGCAACAACAGUAGUAAGUGAUGAACCUAAUCGAGAAUUGGAAGUGACUCCAAGAGAUCAUGUGGUUCCUGCUAGCUCUCUUCAGUCCCGUGAAGAGAAGCAGGAAACAGUGGUAGUUCGACCAUAUCCACAAGUGCAAAUGUUGACUCAACACCAUACAGUGCCAUCAGGUGUACCAGUUACAGUGGCAGCUCCUCCAACUCAUUUGGCUCCAGCAGUGCCACUUACCUUUCCUGAAGGGCUUAUCAAGCCUCCUUUGAAGCCCGCAAUACCCAGUCGUCCUAUUGCACCAGCCCCACCAGCCCCACCAUCUACUCUGUCUGGUCCCACCAAAGUCCCUGGCCAGGUUACUGUAACAAUGGAAAGUAGCAUCCCACAGGCAUCUGCUAUUCCUGUAGCAACAAUAAGUGGACAACAGGGGCAUCCCAAUAGCGUGCACCAUAUUAUGACAACCAAUGUUCAAAUGUCAAUUAUCCGAAGUAGUGCUCCUGGGCCUCCCUUACAUAUUGGAGCUUCUCACUUGCCUCGAGGUGCAGCAGCUGCUGCUGUAAUGUCAAGUUCUAAAGUAACAACUGUCUUGAGGCCAGCUUCGCAAUUGCCAAAUGCAGCAACAGCUCAAUCAGCAGUUCAGCAUAUCAUUCAUCAACCCAUCCAGUCUCGGCCUGCUGUGACAACUUCAAGUACUAUUCCACCUGCUGUAGUUGCAACAGUCUCAGCCACAAGGGCUCAGUCACCUGUUAUUACUACAACAACCACACAUGCUACAGAAUCCACGCUCAGUCGGCCAGCACUGUCAAUUCAACAGCACCCACCUUCUGCACCUAUCAGUAUUCAGCGGCCAGCCCAGCCAAGAGAUACAGCAACCAGAAUUACUUUACCUUCUCAUCCAGCCAUAGGAACACAAAAACAGCUUCACAACAUGGCUCAGAAAACAAUUUUUAGUACUGGUACUCCAGUAGCAGCAGCAACUGUGGCACCAAUUUUAGCAACGAAUACUAUUCCUUCUGUGACUACAGCUGGUUCCAUAUCUCACACUCAAGCAGCCACUAGUACAAUUGUCACUGUGACUAUGCCCUCGCAUUCAUCCCAUGCAACAGCUGUGACCACUUCAAACAUCCCAGUUGCUAAAGUCGUCCCCCAGCAAAUCACACACACCCCUCCCCGCAUCCAGUCUGAUUAUACUGCAGAGAGAAGUAAUCUUAUUCCUAUAUCUGGUCACCGUGCAUCUCCAAAUCCAGUGGCAAUGGAAGCUAGAAAUGAUAAUAGACAGUCAGUGCCUGUUCAAUUUCAGUAUUUCUUACCAACAUAUCCUCCUUCGUACCCUUUGGCUGCCCACACUUACACACCUAUUACCAGCUCUGUAUCCACUAUCCGACAAUAUCCUGUUUCAGCCCAGGCUCCUAAUUCUGCCAUAGCAGCUCAGACAGGAGUAGGAGUAGCUUCGACAGUGCAUCUUAAUCCCAUGCAGCUGAUGACAGUAGAUGCAUCCCACGCCCGUCACAUACAGGGCAUACAGUCUACACCAAUUGGUGCACAGGGGAUACAGCCAGCACCCAUCAGUGCCCAAGGAAUACAGUCUACGCCAAUUGGAACCCAAGGGCUACAUCCAGCUGCACCAAUUGGCACUCAAGGUCUUCAAACAGCACCAUUGGGGCCUCAGCAACCACAAACUGAAACCAAGACAUCAGUGGUCUUGGCAGAUGGAGCCACCAUUAUGGCCAAUCCAAUUAGCAAUACAUUCAACUCUGCUUCAGCUUCAACUACAGUGGUGCAAACUCACAGCCAGAGUGCCAAUUCUAGCACAUCAGCUCAGGGUUCAUCCCCACGUCCAAGCAUUCUCCGAAAGAAACCUACUACUGAUGGGCUGGCAGUGAGGAAAAGCCUAAUUCCUCCUCAACCAACUGAGGUAGCUGGCCCUCGGGUAGAAAGUUCUGUGAGAAGUGCAAGUGGAUCACCAAGACCAGCUGGUGUUAAACCUAAGCCAGAAAUCCAUGUCUCAAUGGCCACUCCUGUAACAGUGUCUGUGGAGGCAGUAUCCAUACAGAGCAAUGAGCAACCUCCUGUCUCAGUCCCUACUUCUCAGCAGCCACAGUCUGCCAUUCCAACAAUCAUCACAGCAGCUAGUCCACCUUCGCAGCCCACAACUGCUCUAUCAAGCAUUCCAGGAACACUUCCAGCUCCUCCACCUACUUCAGCCACAGUUGUAACUGUUCCUCCACCUCCAUCAACCAUAAGUGGUAUCCUGUCUACAGUACUGGGUCCUGUUGUACCAGAGAUAAAAAUAAAAGAGGAAGUGGAACCUUUGGAUAUAAUGAGACCAGUUUCAGUUCCUCCACUGAGCACAAAUAGUGUAUCUCCAUCUGUUACAUUGCUGGCCAACAAUCUUACAGUACCCCAAAGUGACUUGCCGCCAGGUGCUUCCCCAAGGAAAAAACCACGUAAGCAGCAACACAUCAUCUCUACAGAGGAAGGGGAUAUGAUGGAGACGAAUAGCACGGAUGAUGAGAAAUCCACUACCAAAAGCUUGCUGAUAAAGGCAGAAAAGCGCAAAUCACCUCCAAAAGAAUAUAUAGAUGAAGAAGGAGUGAGGUAUGUGCCUGUACGUCCAAGACCACCCAUAACUCUGCUCCGUCACUAUCGCAAUCCAUGGAAAGCAGCCUAUCAUCAUUUCCAGCGAUACAGUGAUGUCAGAGUAAAAGAAGAGAAGAAAGCUAUGCUACAAGAGAUAGCUAAUCAGAAAGGGGUAUCUUGCCGUGCACAGGGAUGGAAAGUCCAUCUCUGCGCAGCACAGUUAUUACAGCUGACUAAUCUGGAACAUGAUGUGUAUGAACGACUCACUUCCUUACAAGAAGGCAUUAUCCCCAAGAAAAAGGCAGCAACUGAUGAUGAUUUGCAUCAAAUAAAUGAAUUGAUACAGGGAAAUAUGCAGAGAUGUAAACUUGUAAUGGAUCAAAUAAAUGAGGCUCGAGAAUCCAUGCUAAAGGUCUUAGAUCACAAAGAGCGUGUUCUGAAGCUCCUUAACAAAAAUGGAACUGUCAAGAAGGUAUCCAAAUUGAAGAGAAAAGAAAAAGUUUAGAAACAAAACUAAAAGGACUGAAAACAAAACAUGUACAGAACAGUGUUAAGGUUCUUUUAUUGGAGGUUUCUUGUAAGAAGCAACAUUUAAGUAAAAAAGACAAGAAAGAUGAAUUAAAACAUGGAACCCAGUGACCUUAAGAGACUAUUAAUAAUCUGUCAAUGAACAAAGAUUUUUCUCAGGCUCGUCCCUGUUUAAACUCUUCAGUCUCAUUUUGUUUAGCUCUCUCGAUAUGUCCCAGUGCCUACUAAUUGGAACCAUUGACACAGGUGUGAUAGUCCCUUUCUUUUCAUCUUACAGUUUUAGACAUUACUUCACUGAUUUGUACAAUGGAUUCCUGCAACAGACCUCAAGAGCCAUCUGUCUUGAAGCAAAUUGUCAUAAAUUGGAAAAAGUUGAGAUGACACUACUUCCACUAAGCCCUGCCCAUUCAGGCUCCUUAUGAACUUGCAAUGGCUGAAGCAGCCUUCAUAAACCAGUGUCCUUGCACUGGCAAUUCUGCUAUGUUUAGAAUCAUAAGUGGUUCUGCAGUCUCUAGCUGUCUAUUUUUAAAAUACAUUUCAGAAGUUAUUUGUAGUGUUGUGAAUUUUGUGCUGUGCCCAUGUUGGUGCUCCAGGAUAUUGUUUUCAAAUACAGCACAGUUCUUUCUGUAGCUGGUGUGAUGCUGUUCAUUAUAUUGCAUAAAAUUGUGUUAUAUAACAUCUGAAAACGUAAAUAAAGGAUUUGGAGGAUUUUGUAUAAGAAUAAUGGUUAUAAUUGUGUGGAAAAAUGGAAAUGGGAAAGAGAAAAGCCUAUAUUAAAGUAUAUAUUUCCCUUCCAAGCUGUUAAGAACAAUGAUAAUAUUCUUAAUCCAUCAAGAUUACAGGUAUUUUGAUGAUUUUAGAAGCCAAUAAUUCUUUCAAUCCAAUCUUAUAGUUAGUAUGCAAAUAAGAUAAAGAUAUCCAGAUUGUAUAAAUUUGUCAUUUUGACUGAAAGAAUAAGAAUCCAAACUUUACAUAAAUCCUGCUUUUGAUUUCAAUUAGGACUGCACGGUAUAAGAAGAUUAUGCCACUAUUAACCAAAGGUCAGUUUAAUAUGUAUGUAUAGUUUUAUCAGAGUUUCUCAUGCUCAUGAUCCAGUGUCAUUCAGGUAAUCCAAAAUUAUCAUUCUGUACUUCUGUAUUUCACUUUUAAUUCUUCUUAAGCUUCAGGUUGCUCCAAUUUUUAGUCAGGAAGAGAGACCAAAACCCCCAACACACACAACUCUUACUUUUUCUAAUUUAUGUACCAAUAAAAUUGAAUAUCAGGCAAGAAAAGUAACAUCAAAAUGGACAUAUGAAAAAUGUUUGUAUCUGGAUAACAAAACCAUGUCAACUUCUAUUGAGAAAAUUAGCAAGCCCCACAGAUCAGUGAGGUCACAAAUAUCUUUAUGGCUCUAAAAAUUUCUCCAAUUUCAAAUCCAAAAAUUGACACCACUGUAUAGAUCCCCAUCAUAAAAAUUUUGUGGCACUUUGACAUCAUUUAAAAACUUCGUCCUCUAAAGCGCAUAAAAUGAAAAAUUCUCUAAGACAACCCUAUCCUAUGGAACACACUGUUGUUAAAUAUGUUAAAUGUUAAUCUUAAAUAUUAUUCUCUAUUACCAAUAAUAUGCCUGCCCUCAUUGUUGCAGAUUCAACACUAAAAAGCCAAUGAAGACUUUUGAAAAUGUAACAAUUUAAGUGCUACAUUAUUCUGUUACAGUUACACAAUUCUAGUGUUCUACUUAGAAAACAAUUGCACUUUUGCCAGCUCAGCUAGGAAAGCAACUGAAAGAAUAGAUUUUUCAAGGACCCCAAGUAGAUUUAUUGUAGCAAAAUUAACAAAGGUGCCACAAAAAUCCCAAUGACUGCUCUAUAGCAAAUGCAAACUCUAAUGGGAUAAAAGUUCAAAUUCUUACGCCUCAUAUUUCCUGCCUGCAUGAUGUAAAAUUUAGGUACCACUCUUUUGCACAAGAUGGGUAUUUUCUUUGUAAUGGACUGAUCUGGUAUAAGGAUUUUUGCUUGCACUCGUAUGAGAGUUUGUGUAGCAGUUGUGACAGUUAAAAGUUGAGGUACAGCUUAUGUAUGCAUUUAUUUCUAUGCAAAUAUUUACAGAGCUAUUUUAAAAUAGUCCAUUUGCAUUAGUGUAGAAAAGACCAUGCAAUCAUAUAAUAAAUUCCUGAAGC